AGAUCUACUCUCCUUCAACUUUGGGUACUGAGCCCUUGGAAGCGCAUUGAAAGCUUCCUUGACUGGCGCAUCCAUCAAGUAUAUCUCUCUAAUAUAGGAGCUUGGUUGGAAAUAGAUUCCCUAGAGAGGUUAACAGUGAUGCCCAUGAGAUUGCUAAAUUAUGUGGGUUGCUUCUGAGGCGCGCGUCAAUGAAGGAUGUUUUGUCCUCUCUAAAUCUUUUGUUAUUCCAAUUCCUUUUUAAAAGAAAAAAAAAAAAGAAGGAAAAGAAAUUUGAGCGAAGCACAAUACUAGAUCUCUCUCUCUCUGCAUCUAUAUCCACAUGAUUUCAUCCAUGGGGACGUCUCCCGGCAACGAAUCUAACUCCGCUGACGAGUUUGUCGAUGUCAUCGUUGAUAUCCAAGACGAUGAUAUUGUCGCCCUCCGCAGCGUCGACCCGGUUACAAUCAGCAAUACCGAGCUCCGACGCUUUCCUCGGAGCCACGGCGAGGUGGCUAGGGCUUUCCCGGCUACUUCAUCGCCGGCGAGGGCUAAGUUUGAUCGGACUUCCUUCGGCGCCGAGAAAGCGCUUCGUGGCUUGCGAUUCAUCAGCAACCUGAACAACGGCGUCGAUUUAUGGGUCGAAGUGCAAGAAAAUCUCGAUAAGCUUGCUGGAGACGGUUACCUUCAUCGCUCUGAUUUCGCUGAAUGCAUAGAUGUUAUUGAAGGAACGAGAGAUGUGAAAGAGUUCGCAGUGGUGCUGUUCGAUGCCCUGACCAGGAGAAGGGGAUUGAAAGUAGAAAAGAUUAGCAGAGAGGAGGUUUACGAGUAUUGGUGUCAAAUCACCGAUCAAAGCUUUGAUUCUCGCCUACGGAUCUUCUUCGACAUGGUCGACAAAAACGAAGACGGAAGAAUCAUGGAGGAGGAAAUCAAAGAGAUCAUCAGGUUAAGUGCAUCAGCAAACGACCUAUCCGGAUUAGAGGAAGAGCCAGAGAAAUAUACAGCACGGAUAAUGAAACAGUUCGACCUGGAAAAACUUGGCUUCAUCGAGCUGUGGCAACUUGAGGCACUGUUUUUACAACUGGACACAUACGUAGACUAUAAUCAAGAACUGAGCCAGAACUUAGAGAGAAGCCACGUACAGAGGUUGAGCAAAAAGUUGAUGUAUUUUGUGCAAGAUAAGUGGAGAAGAAUUUGGGUGUUUUCAGUUUGGGUGAUGAUCAUGAUUGGAUUGUUUGCAUGGAAAUUCUUUCAGUACAAGCAAAAAAGUGCUUUUCAGGUGAUGGGUUAUUGCCUUCUCGUAGCCAAGGGUGCAGCCGAGACACUCAAAUUCAACAUGGCUCUUAUCCUCUUGCCUGUUUGUAGAAACACCCUUACCUGGCUCAGGUCCACUAAAUUCAGCUUCUUUAUCCCUUUUGACGACAAUAUCAACUUUCACAAGAUGAUUCCAGCAGCAAUUGUAAUUGGUGUAAUUCUUCAUGCUGGAGAUCACCUCGCAUGCAAUUUCCCCAGGAUUAUAAAUGCUUCUUCUGAUAAAUAUAAUCAGUUUUUGAGUAGAAAUUUUGGUACCCAUAAACCCACAUACUUAGACCUUGUUAAAGGUCCAGAGGGUGUUACAGGAAUUUUAAUGGUGAUAUGCAUGGCUAGUGCAUUCACAUUAGCAACAACGCGGUUCAGGCGAAACCAGAUUAAGCUUCCAAAUCCCUUUCGCAGAUUUAUUGGCUUCAAUGCCUUCUGGUAUUCACACCACCUGUUUGUCAUUGUCUACAUCCUUCUUAUCAUCCAUGGGGUUUGCCUUUAUCUCGUGCAUAAAUGGCACCUCCAGACGACAUGGAUGUACCUUGCUAUCCCAAUUUUAUUAUAUACUGGAGAAAGAACUCUUAGAUUUUUUCGCUCUCGCUCCUACACUGUCCAAAUUUUGAAGGUUGGGAUUUACCCUGGAAAUGUUCUCAACUUGGAAAUGUCUAAGCCUUCUAAGUUUCGAUACAACAGUGGACAGUAUAUAUUUGUUCAGUGCCCUGCUGUUUCUCUAUUUGAGUGGCAUCCAUUUUAUGUUACCUCUGCUCCUGGCGAUGACUACUUGAGUGUUCACAUUAGGACAAUAGGUGACUGGACACGAGAGCUUAAAAGGGUAUUUACAGGAGUGGGCGAACCUCCUCCAGUCAGAAAGAGUGGACUUCUAAAGACUAAUGAAACAUCAAGUAAAAGCAUUUUGCCAAAGCUCUUUAUAGAUGGGCCUUAUGGUGCCCCCGCACAAGAUUAUAAGAAGUAUAAUGUUGUGUUACUUGUUGGUCUUGUUGGAGCAACACUCUUUAUCAGCAUCUUAAAAGAUCUGCUCAACAACAUCAUUGAAAUGGAAGAGCAAGCGGAUUCAGACUCAGAUUUAAGGAGAACAUCAGACCUGAGUGCAGGGAAUAAUGAUUCCAUCAAUUCCAGCGGUGCUUUUGCAAAAACAAAAAAGCUUGUGAAUACCAAUAAUGCUUACUUCUACUGGGUAACACGGGAACAAAAUUCUUUUGAAUGGUUCAAAAGGGCCUUGAGGGAAGUUUCUGACCUUGAUCAAAGGCGUGUGAUUGAAAUGCAUAACUACGUGACUAGUGCGUAUGAGGAAGGGAGUUCCCAGUCAGCAUUUAUCACCAUGGUUCAUGCAAUAAAUCAUGUCAAUGAUGGGGUUGACAUUCUUUCCGGAACUAGGUUACGAACCCAUUUUGCAAGGCCUAAGUGGAAGAAAGUUCUAUCAGAAUUAAGUUCAAAGCAUAGUAGUUCAAGGAUAGGAGUUUUCUACUGUGGAGCACCGUCGUUGGGUAAAGAAUUGAGCAAACUCUGUGAUGAUUUUAAUCAAAAAGAUUCUACAAAAUUUGAAUUUCACGAUGCCGAAUAUGCAUGAUAAAAUUUUACAAAUGUACAAGACUCCAGUAAUUGAAUAUGCUCCAACGAUCACACUUGAAAGUUUCCCUAUGGAUGAUUCUCCUAUUCA